CUCGGAGCACACAAGGGUCCCCAUGGAGGAGCUUGGGAUGGAGAGCCCGGGGCACACCGCAGAGGCCGGAGCACCCUUUUGCACCAGGGAGCCCUGGCGCAGGGUCCAGGAUGCCGCUUCGGGUGCAGGGCCGCUGCCCCGUGCAGAGCUUCGCAGGAGACCCACCUAAGGAGAGGUGGGAGCCAGCCGCUUCAGCAGGCACCCAAAAAGAAAGGGAAGAAAGGUAAACCCAAAGGUACUGCAGUUGUGGAUGGGCUUGAUCCAGAGGACAUGAACAAGGGGCAGGUGGAGGAGCACAUCAGGCGCAUCCGGGAGGAGCUGGACCGGGAGCGGGAGGAGCGCAACUACUUCCAGCUGGAGCGGGACAAGAUCCACACUUUCUGGGAGAUAACGAGAAGGCAGUUGGAGGAGAAGAAGGCUGAGCUGCGGAACAAAGACCGGGAGAUGGAGGAGGCUGAGGAGAGGCAUCAGGUGGAGAUCAAGGUGUACAAGCAGAAGGUGAAGCACCUGCUGUAUGAACACCAGAACAGCCUGACGGAGCUGAAGGCCGAGGGCACCGUGGCCAUGAAGCUGGCCCAGAAGCAGCACCACACCCAAGAGGGCGCACUGCGCAAGGACAUGCGGGCGCUCAAGGUGGAGCUCAAGGAGCAGGAGCUGGCCAGCGAGGUGGUGGCCAAGACCCUGCGGCUGAAACACGCCGAGGAGAUCACCAAGAUGAGGAAUGACUUUGAGAGGCAAAUUCGAGAAAUUGAGGCUAAGUAUGACAAGAAGAUGAAGGUGCUGAGGGAUGAGCUUGAUCUGCGAAGAAAGACUGAGAUCCACGAAGUGGAGGAGAGGAAGAAUGGCCAGAUCAACACACUGAUGCAGCGCCACGAAGAGGCCUUCACCGACAUCAAGAACUACUAUAAUGACAUCACACUCAACAACUUGGCCCUCAUCAGCUCCCUCAAGGAGCAGAUGGAAGACAUGCGAAAGAAGGAGGAGCGCCUGCAGCGAGAGAUGGCGGAGGUGGCCUUGCAGAACAGGCGCCUGGUGGAUCCCCUCCAGAAGGCCCGGGAUGAGAUGGCUGAGAUGCGGAGGAAACUCGGGGACUGUGAAAGGGACAAACAGAUCCUGGUGAGCACGAAAGCACGUUUGAAGGUUACUGAGAAGGAGCUGAAGGACCUGCAGUGGGAGCACGAGGUGCUGGAGCAGCGCUUCCUCAAGGUGCAGCAGGAGCGGGACGAGCUCUACCGGAAGUUCACAGCGGCCAUCCAGGAGGUGCAGCAGAAGACUGGCUUUAAAAACUUGCUGCUGGAGCGCAAGCUGCAGGUGCUAAGUACUGCUGUGGAGAAGAGGGAGGUACAAUUCAACGAGGUGCUGGCAGCCUCCAACAUGGACCCCGCUGCGCUGAUGCUCGUGUCUCACAAGCUUGAGGAUGUUUUGGAAUCAAAGAACACCACCAUCAAGGACCUACAGUAUGAGCUGGCACGGGUCUGCAAGGCCCACAAUGACCUGCUUCGCACAUAUGAGGCAAAGCUGCUAGCCUUCGGGAUCCCCUUGGACAAUGUGGGCUUCAAACCUCUGGAGACAGCUGUGAUAGGGCAGACACUGGGCCAAGGCCCUGCGGGACUCGUGGCUACGCCGACAUAGCCACCAGCCUGCUCAUGCCACAGAUCCUGCCUGGCAUCGCUAAACAGCUGAUAACCCUUUUACACCACUGACAGCAAGUUUUUGUUUUUUAGAGUUCAUCAUCAGUAAAUGAAGUUUUCCACGGUU